AUGGUAAGAGCAAAGCAUCAUGACAUUGCAUAUGCAUACAAUUUCACAGGUUCCCCACAAGUAUUUCAUGCAUAUCCAGGAUUAUUCAGAAUCCAAUUAUGGGGUGCAAGCGGAGUUGUAUUAAGUGAUACUGUAGACGAUAGUUGUUCUAAAGUUAAAUCAAAAGGCGCGUAUGUUUCAGGAAUAAUUGAAAUUCAAGAAAAAAUUGAUUUUUUUGUUUAUGUGGGAGAAAAAGGAAAAUUUAAUGACAAUUCAUUUAACGGUAAUAUUCAAUCUUAUGUGUCUGGAGGCGGGGCCACUGAUAUUAGACUAAUAAAAAAAGUCAAUUGGUAUGAUUUUGAUUCUUUGCAGAGUCGAAUCAUGGUUGCCGCAGGUGCAGGGUCCGGAGAACGUCUUUGUGGCGGUGAUGGUGGUAGUUUAGUUGGGCUAUCAACUGAUCAAUUGUAUUCAGAUGUGACUAAUGCUCAAUUCAACGGAACCACUGGAGGAACGCAGCAAUCAGGAGGUAGGUUUGGAUGUGAUGUUACAUAUCAAUCAUGCGGAGAGUCAGGAAGAUUUGGUAUUCGAGGUUCUGGGAACAGUCAAUAUGAUAGCGGGCCAAGUGGGGGAGGGGGCUAUUAUGGUGGCGGUGGCAUUCCAUGGGCAGGAAGCGCAAGUGGUGGAUCAAGUUUUAUUAGUGGUUAUCAAGGAUGCGAUGCAAUUUUCGAAAAUUCUACAGAAGAUCAAAUAUUACACAGCGGAAAACCGCUACAUUAUUCGGGAAAGUUCUUUGUUGAUGCAGUAAUGAUUGAUGGGCAAAGUAAAAUUCCUUCACCUGAUCUCAAAUCUUUCGAAAUAGGCCAUACAGGAAAUGGGUAUGCUUUAAUUACAAAUCUUGCCUCACAUGUAGUAUGUUCAUGUCAAAUAAGUAGUUAUCAAAUGAAUUUCUUUUUAAUAACAAACUUUUAUAUUUUAUUGAAUCCUGUAAACAUGCUUGGUUUAUGGUCUUUUUAA